CUGAGCCGGACCGCGAGCGAACGAGCAAGCGGCGCGGCACGGCGCCAUGCCGGCCUGACGGGCGCCCCCCGGCUGCCCGCGCGGGCCCCCGCGCUGCCCCGCGCCGCGUCGCUCCGCGCCGGCGCCGGGCGGCAGGAUGGGCUGUAUCCAGAGCAUCACCUGCAAAGCGCGGAUCCGGCGCGAGAACAUCGUGGUGUAUGAUGUGUGCGCCACCAUCGACCAGUGCCCCACGCGCAUCGAGGAGACCUCGCCCAUCGUCCUGCGCUACAAGACCCCCUACUUCAAAGCCUCGGCCCGCGUGGUCAUGCCCCCCAUCCCCCGCCACGAGACCUGGGUGGUGGGCUGGAUCCAGGCGUGCAACCAGAUGGAGUUCUUCAACACCUACAGCGACCUGGGCAUGUCAAGCUGGGAACUGCCUGACUUGAGGGAAGGACGAGUGAAAGCCAUCAGUGACUCAGAUGGGGUGAGCUACCCUUGGUAUGGGAACACCACAGAAACUGUGACCCUGGCCGGCCCCACCAAUAAGAUCUCCAGGUUCUCCGUCAGCAUGAAUGACAACUUCUACCCAAGUGUGACAUGGGCAGUGCCCGUGAGUGACAGCAAUGUGCCACUGCUCACAAGAAUCAAGAGGGACCAAAGUUUCACUACCUGGCUGGUGGCCAUGAACACCACAACAAAGGAGAAGAUCAUUCUGCAGACCAUCAAGUGGAGGAUGAGGGUGGACAUUGAGGUGGACCCUCUUCAGCUCUUGGGACAACGGGCCCGCCUGGUGGGCAGGACUCAGCAGGAGCAGCCCCGGAUCCUGAGCCGGAUGGAACCCAUCCCCCCUAAUGCACUAGUGAAGCCCAAUGCCAACGAUGCCCAGGUCCUCAUGUGGAGGCCCAAGCGGGGGCCACCUCUGGUUGUGAUCCCUCCUAAGUAGAAGUGGACUGGCCUAACUGUGUGUGGAGCACAUGCUGCUGAGACACGCAGUGAGGUUGCCAGGAGUGGCAGGAGCCAAACUGAGUUUCUGAGCCAAAGCAGACCUCCCGGUUUGCCAGCCUUUGCAGCACCUGUGAAGAGUAGGGCUGCUCCUUGGGUGGUAGAACCAUAAUCCUUAGGAAAAGUCCCUUCCUUUUUGGAAUAAAGGAAUCACUGAUUUG